AUGUCAUCGACAACCCAGCAUAUCGUGGGCGUCAGCUCCACCAUCGCGAGGCUCUCGGCCUAUGCAUUCUUGAGAUGGAUCCCGGGCCAUCAUUUCCCUCCGAUCAUCAUUUCGUCUAUCCUGAUCUACCUCAUCUGCAUAUUUGGUAGCAAUCCCGAGGCUUUCGGUAGACACCGUCCAACUCUACAUGAAGCAUUUCCGAGACUCUUCCCGCACCCCCAACCAGAGGAUGAAGCAGUGAUAGAGACUGAAGACCCCGAGGACCAUGCAGAGCCCGCAUUCUACGAAGAUGAGAAGUCGUUUUUCAAGAUUUUCGUCUUUGGAAUUCCGAAAUGGAAAGAUCCACAAUGGAGUUAUUUCACGAUUGGUGUGAAUAUCUUACUGGCCCUUUUCACACUGGACCUCGUAUUUCGAGGCCCGUUGUUAUAUCCUUCAACAGAUCUCACCUUCAGCCGACUUGGAUAUGUGGAUUCCACCUCGGCCAAAGUCUUGAUCAGGGAGCCCAAUGCAGCUCAAUUGCCUAUCUAUGUCUAUAUUUCGCCAGCCGACAAGGCUACCUGGACGACAACAGACACAAUCUACUACCUCGGAGACGACACCGAUUUCACCUAUCCCAUCACGUUCACCGGACUCCAGCCAUCGAAGAAGUACAUUUAUUCAUUAUCGAAUGAUUUGUCAGGCACUUUCACUACCACUGCAGCAUCUUACUCCGAAGCCGCGAAGAGCCUAACAUUCCUGACCUCGUCUUGCAUCAAAGCAAAUUUUCCGUACAAGGCAAGGGCUCAUGCACUCACCAUCCACGGUUUCCAAUAUCUAUCCAAGGUCAUUCAGACUCUGCCAUCUCCACCAAGCUUCAUGCUCUUUUUGGGCGAUUUCAUUUACGUGGACGUUCCACUUCGUCUAUCUUCCUCGCUUAGGCAUUAUCGAUCCGAAUAUCGACGUGUGUAUGCUUCACCUUCGUGGUCAUUGCCCGGACUGAGCACCAUCCCUUGGUUGCACACCCUUGAUGAUCACGAAAUUGCAAACGACUGGUCAGGUGGAAAUGAUACGGACCCUUUUCCAGCAGCAUCAGAUCCGUUCAUCCAAUACCACGUCUCAGUGAAUCCACCAUUGCCAAAAGGCUCAGCCAGCGGUCCAGAGACAAACACAACCUACUUUCAGUUCACUAAUGGGCCAGCAUCAUUUUUCAUGCUCGACACAAGACGAUAUCGGACGGACCCAGAACCAACCCCAUUGAAGUCGAAGUCCUUCUUCGGCUUGUCCCGUGGUCUGGAAGAACCUGUUCCUGAAGUACCAGUGACCAACCAUUCCAUGCUUGGCCCCGUCCAACUGGAGUCCUUACUUCACUAUCUCUCCAGCCCGGAGCCACCACACGUGUAUUGGAAGAUCAUAGCCUCAUCAGUCCCGUUCACCAAGAACUGGCGCUUCGGUACUCCUGACACAUGGGGCGGGUUUCUCCAAGAACGCUCCAAGAUCCUAGCCGCAAUGCACAAAGCCGAGCGCGAACUCGGCGUGCGAGUUGUGAUCCUCUCAGGCGACCGCCACGAAUUCGCGGCCAUCCGCUUCCCACCACCGAUCGCUGACUUUUCCUCAACUGCCCUUCCAUCCCUAGACAAAAGAAACAAGAUCAAGGCCCCCCAAGAACAACAGAGUCCCCUCAUUUUAACCCACUCCACCACGACCCAAACAACAACAGUUUACGACCGCACGGAAUCCUCCGGCCCACACGAAUUCUCCGUCGGGCCGCUGAGCAUGUUCUACCUCCCGUUUCGCACGUUCAAGCAGAUCGACGAGGAAGACGUCGCGAUCAAGUACCUACCGGACGGGAACAGCAAAGUCGGGCUCAUCGACAUCACGCCGCUAAUGGGCGAGGUGCACAAGAAAAAAAGCAUGCUGAAGUAUUCCCUGUUCAUCGACGGCAAGCUGCAGUGGGAGUACAGCUUGACCAGCCCGGCGGCUGAUGGCGAUGUCGUUGGCAAGAGGGGUGCUAGAUGGUGGCUGUGGAGUUAG